UGUAUCGCUGGCCAUUUUCACAAUAUGCUAAACAAGCAAUUAUUUUCUUUGCUUCUCAUUUGCAUCGCGGUGGCUACAACACCAUCUAUAGCUGCUGAGGAUGCAAUAACUGUGGUGACGUGCAGCACUGUGUAUAGUAGACUCGAACCAUGUCUUGGAUACGUAUUAGGUGGUGGAUUAAGCGUGCCAUCGGAAUGUUGCAACGGAAUUAAAUCUCUCCACAGAGCUGCACGUACCACAGCUGACCGCCAACGCUUUUGCAGAUGCCUUAAGAAUGUUCGUUCAAAUGCUACGAAUACACGAAUCAGCCGUGCUUCUCAACUCACUGGAAUAUGCAAGGUCAAUGCUUUGUUCAAGAUUAGGCCUGAUUUUGAUUGCUCUAAGGUCAAAUAACAAACUUUUUUAAAAAUAAGUUUUUACUUCGUAAUGAGAUUGAAUAUUUUUGUUUUUAUGUUAAUUCCAAGAAGCUAUUGAUGUGUGUGAGUAUAUAUAAUCUCACAUAGUUUGAGUUUUUUUUUUUAAGCGUUGUUACGUUUAAAUAAAACAAGUAAGUACUCAAGAUAUAUUAGUCCGAA